UCUGCUCUACUGUAGCGGGAAGAAUGGCGACAGUUCACCAGCCCUGAGUCGCCUUUACCUUGUUGUCCUUUGUAUACUGCUGGGUGCGACAACCACUCUCUCACACAGGUGGAAACUGCUUGGCUCUCUAACAAGUAGCCUCUCAUGUUAAAACGAGUCAUGGGCAGCAUCCGGAUAAACAGGUACAGUAUUGUCUCCACUGAAGAGGAUAGGCACAAAGUUGCUUCCCUCGGAAAAAUCAAUGGUCACAGCCGGAAUGGGAAAAGCCAUGCCCCACGACGGAAACGCCGCAACCGCUUUGUUAAAAAGAAUGGCCAGUGCAACGUCUACUUUGCCAACUUAAGCAACAAGUCUCAGCGUUACAUGGCUGAUAUCUUCACGACGUGUGUGGACACCCGUUGGCGCUACAUGUUCAUGAUCUUUUCAGCAACCUUCUUGGUUUCCUGGCUGUUUUUUGGCCUCCUCUUCUGGAUCAUUGCUUUCUUUCAUGGUGACCUCGAUGCCCCUAGUGUAGGAAAUGAUCCUUCCACAACAAAACUCUGCAUCAAGCAUGUCAGUGGCUUCUCUGGAGCUUUCCUCUUUUCAGUUGAAACACAGACCACCAUUGGCUAUGGUUUCCGAUAUGUGACUGAGGAGUGCCCGCUAGCCAUCAUGGUGGUAGUGGUCCAAUCUAUUGUGGGUUGCGUUAUUGACUCUUUCAUGAUUGGCACCAUCAUGGCUAAGAUGGCCCGUCCUAAGAAAAGGGCCCAGACCCUCCUUUUUAGCCAUCAUGCUGUUAUCUCUCUACGGGAUGGCAAACUCUGCCUCAUGUGGCGGGUCGGAAAUUUGAGGAGGAGCCAUAUUGUAGAAGCUCAUGUUCGGGCUCAGCUUAUCAAGCCCUACAUGACAGCAGAAGGUGAAUAUGUUCCACUGGACCAGCGGGAUCUGAACGUGGGCUAUGACAUAGGCCUGGACCGCAUCUUCUUAGUGUCUCCAAUCAUUAUUAUUCAUGAGAUUGACGAAGAAAGUCCACUCUAUGCAAUGGGUAAAGAAGAUCUGGAGAGGGAGGACUUUGAGAUCGUUGUCAUCCUUGAGGGCAUGGUGGAAGCUACAGCGAUGACCACCCAGGCCCGCAGUUCCUACCUGGCCAGUGAGAUCCUUUGGGGACACCGUUUUGAACCUGUUGUCUUUGAGGAUAAGAAGCGCUAUAAGGUGGACUAUUCACGUUUCCACAAGACCUAUGAAGUGGCUGGAACCCCUUGCUGCUCUGCUCGGGAAUUGCAGGAAAGUAAGAUUACCAUCCUGCCUUCUCCACCACCACCGCCCAGUGCCUUCUGCUAUGAGAAUGAGUUGGCUCUUGCCAGCCAGGAUGAAGAGGAGGACGAGGACUUGCAUGUAAGGGCAGAUUUGGGUGGAGGAACUAAGGAGGAGGAGGGAGUCAUACCCAUGAUGGAGUUUGGAGGCCACAUGGAUCUUGAUCGCUUGCAGGUCUCCAUUCCCCUAGACACACUCUCAUACCAUAGGGAAUCGGCCAUUUAAUAUCCCAACCUGGUUUUCUACCCCAAACAUUUUCUCCUAUGUUUCCUUAUCCAAAACACUAGUCUUUUACCAACUGUUGGAAAACUGACCGCACAUAGACAUGCGAGCUCCUUUGGUGCUGGAUGUGUUGGGUUCCUUUCCAUGAAGUUAGACAUUGGUUUUUAAAGAUCCUGAACUCAGAAGAUCCUCAUUUUCCCACUCCUGCUUGUCUGUGGCCUAGAACUGGAAGACUAUAAUAGUUGCAUCAACCAAAGGUGGUAAUGGGACAUAUUUCAAACUAUCAAAAGGACCAAUUGUUGAUAUUAUUGCUGCAAAAAAGUCAGUGGAUUGGAGAAUCUGUUCAUUCAAGUGAAGGAUGGGGGAAGAUAAUUUCCAUGUGUUUUUCUUAUUUUCAGUGAAGAACUUUAUCUUCCACUGUUCUUGCACAUGGACACCAUCUCUGUCUCAUUCGGGUUUUUGGUAUACAUGACUCUCAACUAUGUUAACACCUAUUUUUUCUUUGAUCCUAUGAAAUUCUGGUCCCUUCCCACUGGGAUGCAACUGAAGCCAAUUAGAAAUGUUUGCCAGAGGAAAGAGCUACAGUGGGGCCAAUAUGUGAACAAUCUGUACAUUAUUUCUCCUAAGAAUAAUAUCUGUAUGCUUCCCAAGUUCUCACCAUUUAAUUUAUCCCUUAUUUGAUAUUGAUAUUGGAACUAUUUAUUUUUAAAUAAAAUAUAAU